AGUAGCGCGCUGUGUUUGAGCACGGCGCUAUAGCAGCACUUUCACCUUCAGCUGAGGAAAUCUGCUGAGAGUUUAAUAAAAGUGCAUUUAGCUGGAAAAGAGAGAGAAAGAGAGAGAGAGAGAGAUGAACGGAUCAGCACCCAGCUCCCAGUCCGCUCUGGAGAUCCAGUUGAGGAGAGGACCCGCGGGUCUGGGCUUUAACAUUGUGGGCGGAGUCGAUCAGCAGUAUGUGAUGAAUGACAGUGGGAUCUACGUGGCCAAGAUCAAAGAGGACGGAGCAGCAGCACUGGAUGGACGACUGCAGGAGGGAGACAAGAUCCUCGCGAUAAAUGGGCAUAAGCUGGAGAAUCUGUGUCACAGUGCAGCAGUGGAGUUGUUUCGUUCAGCAGGAGAGGAGGUCACACUGCUCAUUCAGCCGAGGCCUUCCCACAGCUCUAACGGUCCACUGGGUCCACGUCCUGAUGGAGAUUCCUCCUCGUCCAUGUCGUCCUUCACUCUGGUCUGCGUUUUUUUGGCGGCUGUAGCCAUCACAGUCUUCAUCUACAGACGUCCUGGAGCCUUCAGGAGACACACACCGUUUUAAUCACACACACACACACACACACACACACACACACACCCCACGAACUUUCUUUUUCUCUUAUUGAGGGCCAAAAUUUUGAAGCAGGGAACAAAUGCAGAGCUGUAAGAGCUGGAGUUAAACCUCCAUUCAGAUUCUUCUAGAUCAUAAUAAUGCUAAUAACCAUGCUAAUCACAGUAAUCAUCAGCUUUAGCCAUAAUUUUACACACACACAGACAGAGGAAUAAAAAUAAACCUGCCUCUGUCGCUAAUUGCUGUACGAACAGAAAUACAGAUCACAGACAUCUUUGUGAUUAGAAUAUAACCACACACACACACACACACACACACACACACACACAGAACUGAGGGCUGAUGUGAAAGUAUAAAUGCUUGUGUAUAUGAAAUACUCAUUCUGUGGAUGAAGGAUUUAUGUGGACCUCUGCUCAUCAGUUGUAAAGAAACAAUCGUAGCUUUAAAUGAUGCCAAAGUGUAGAUGAUUGACAGAUGUCUCUGGGUUCAGGGGGCGGAGCUUAAGUUAAUGCUAAUCAGCCCGUCGCUAACUGUGACAGUUUUUUUUGCUUGUGAUGAGUUCUGUUGCUGUGAGUUAUAAUCAUUUUGUCCUGCAUUGUACAAACUUUUGCACUCCCUGUGACUAUCCGCACAGCGCCAGCUAGCUCCAUGUCUGUAACGGUGCGUGCUCGCUGAUGUUAGCCAGACGCUGCUGGUCACCAGGUUCUGGUGAUAUAAUAAAAUUAAGUAUACCUAUGAUUGGCUGAUCAGCUUCAGGUUAAGCUCCGCCCCUAUUAUCAGGCUGUGAUUUAGUCCCGUGUGUUUGAGAGAUUGUAGUAUUGAAGAGCGAGAGUGGAGAAUGUUCCAGAGAAUCAUUUCACAAAAAAAUGCACGUUUAACGAGGAAAUGGAUUAAUCAUCCAAUCAGCUGGAAAGAUAAUGUUAUAGAGUGUUAAGCCUGCAGUUUAGCACAGUGUGUGUGUGUGUGUGUGUGUGUGUGUGUGUGUGUGUGUGUGUGUGUGUGUGUCCGUCCGUCCAGUGGGUUUAUGGGGUGUUUAUUGUCACACAGAUGUGUUGGAGUUUCCUGACUCUGUAUAACACACUGAUCUCUAUAAUCACUGGACGGUGCAGUGUGGACGUGAGAACACUGUGUCCUCAACACACGCUGAUUUAACUGGAGGCUUCACACACAGCUGGACAGUGUGUGUGUGUGUGUGUGUGUGUGUGUGUGUGUGAGUGAGAGAGAGAGAGAGAGAGAGCACUCUGUGCUGCUCCCUGCAGGUUGAAAUGCGCAUAUGAAUAUAAUUAUACACUCACAAUACAGUGUGUCAGGUACACACUGUGUGUGUGUUUAAGUAAAUGUCCCCUGUCCAUCCGGAGAGAAAACACACAUGCUGGUGAAGGUUUGAUGUUGGACUGAUGGUGUAAAAGUGCACUCAUAAUUUGAUGUAAAUAAAUAAUGAUCACUGUG